AUGGUUUUUUUUUGAAUUUCGCAUGUAAAUUCGUGUUCUUUUUGUGAAUUCAAUAAUUUUUGUGAUUUGAUUUGUAGAUCAUGGAAGAAAUUAGGUCGCUGACCGAGUUUCAUGAGAAGUUCAAGUCAGACAAAGAAGUUUACGGGUACGUCUCGCCGAGAUACGUACGAAUAUCAUAAAAUUAUGGGGCGCUGACCACUUAGAAAAAAAUUUAAGAUGAACUUUAUUAGUUUUUAAAUCAAGUAAUUGUUCUGAGGAAUAGAAUUUUUUUGCUUUUUUUCUUUUUCAUGCACAUUAAUUAAUAAAUUGCUUAGGAAAAAUAGGCUUAGUUUUUAAGGCUUCACACGGAGGCGGAGCGCGCAUAGCACGAAGCCGACUGUGGCUCGCUUCGAAAAAAACUGAGCCGCAGUGAACAAUUCGUCAAAGAAAUAAAAAUACUUGACAUGGAGGGGGUCAUUCUGAAAUAGAGGGGGUCAUUCUGAAAUGGGAGGGGGCCAUUCUGAAAUGGGAGGGGGCCAUUCUGAAAUGAGAGGGGGUCAUUCUGAAAUGGGAGGGGGCUUGUUCGAAUGAGCUCUGGGGGACUAUUUCAAAGCCGUGCGGGGGGCAAAUAUGAAAGAUUGCCUAGGCAUUUCAGAAUUGCCCCCCGUUUUGUACUGCGGGGGGGGGGCCAUUCUAGAAUAAAUAUUCACCCCCCGCGUUCGAUUCUUCCCCCCACAUGAAGUCCUCUUAUUUUACCCCCCGCAGAUCGGAACUUGGCUUGGUGGGGGGCUUGUUGGAACGCGGGGGGCAAAAACAGUGUGGGGGGCGAUUCUGGAAUUUUCCCGACAGCUUCUCAAACUGUAAAACCGUACAGUUCGUACUAACUCAGGAUGUUUUGAAAUCGGUAAUAUAUACGAUUUUGAGCGGAAAACAGCCACGCAUUGAACGAUUAAUCAGUUAUAUUGCAAAUGAUAAGAAAAGACCAUUGUCGUCAAUUCAUUUUCUUUUUUUCUACACGCGUAGCGCGGUUUUCUCCUGGAAAGCAAAAAUCACCCCACUCGUGUCUUCUCUGUUGAAAAAAUCGGCGUAUUUUUUUUGCUUUCGAUUAAUCUCAACCUACUCGUUUUAUUGUUUAUUCUGAGAAUCUGAAUACCAUCCAAAAAUGUAGACUUUGGAAAGUUCUCACUGGGGAAUUAGGCGAACUCGUAUCCGCGGAUUGAAUUCCAACUUUGCUGGUUUAUAGAUCUAGGUAAUAUUACUUGAAAACAGGAAAUAUUAUCUGCUAAACAUGAGAAGGUAGAGAGAAAAACGUGUUGAAAAUUAACAGUUUAGGCUUGAAAGUUAUCAAAUUUCUGUUUUUCUAAUAUUUUUUGGAUACAAAAAUUUUUUUAGCGUUCAAGGCUAUUGUAUUGAAAGAUUAAAAAAGGUAAGAAAGCAGUGUUCGAAAACUUUCAAGUCUAAUCUGCCCCAUUUCUACAAUUUCACUUCCUAGUUUUCUUUGGGUUUAGCAGAUAUCCUCCCUUGUUUUCAAUUCUUCUGACCUGAAUCUAUAUACCACUAGAGUUUGGACUCGAUCCGUGAAUAAUCGCCUAUUUCCCUAGUCAAUACGAGUCUUAAUUGACGGCUAAAUUGAGAAAAUUGGAAAGAUUUCUUGACACGACACUUUUUUAAAUAGAGCGUGCAAAAAGAAGAUUUUAGUUUUCUCCAUAACGGUUUUUGCCUCUUUCAACAGUUAUCGUUUCCUGGUAUAAUUUCUCUAUUAAUCAAAUUAUUAUUCCAGAAGAAAACCUCAUACAUCGGAAAUGACCCUUUCUGUAAGUCUUGAAUAUUGAGAACGAAAAUCUGAAAAGAAAAGGUUUAGUUCGACGACGCAGCAUCUAAAGUGAAGAGUUUGAAGACGUCGCCGAGCAACGAGGAACUCCUCGCUCUCUACGCCCUUUUCAAGCAGGUUAGUUUUUCCAAGGAAUUACGGAAAUUACCGCUAUAUGUGAUGAGGCUGGCUUGAGCCACCCAAAAAAAAAGUUCUGACAUGAUAAAAAAAAAAAGGAGACAGUGUCUGGUUAGUGGAGAGCGCAGACAGGCUCCGCCUCUUAUUGUCUCAAACUAAUCGUGAAUUGGCUACGAUUAAUGUGGGACUCUUGUUAAGAACGAGCAUUUUUUCUGCCUUUCCUUCAAGAUACGGCGUCAAAAUGGUAUAAAUUUGCUGAAAUUUACAUUGUUGACAAAAAUCGAAAAAAAGCUGCAAAAAGAAAGAAAAUGAAGAUCAGUUCCAUUGAAGGGAACUGUUGGCGACAACAACACCUCAAAGCCAGGAAUGCUCGACUUCAAAGGAAAAGCCAAGUGGGAAGCCUGGGAGGCCAAGAAAGGUUGGUUUCGAGGAUUCUGCAAGGAUUCUAACAUGCGUCAAUAUAAUGGCAUUUCUUGAGGAUUUGACUUUGCAAAUCAAAGUUUUCCUUAUAUUUUUCAAUUGUAAAAGUCAUUUUUUUGUGAUCCAGAAUCACUGUUCGUUGGACAUGAGUGGGGUAUUCAUUUGUUCCUUUUCGGAAGAAAGCUAUUUCCAAUUUUCCCAUUUUAGAUAUUCUUCAAUUUCUCAAUUAAGUUUCGAUAAAACAUAUUGCUUUUCUGAGUCCAUUCACUGACCGUGAAAGGCUUCGAAGAUUUGAAUUUUGUAAAAAAAAGUUUAUGGAACACUACCGGCAACUGAAAAAAUCUCAAAUUUACAGGAACUAACUCUGAAGAUGCCAAGAAGGCCUACGUCGACCUCGUCGAGAAGCUCAUCGAGAAAUAUGGCUCCAACUGA